CGCUUGUAUGAGAGCGCAGAUAGUUGUCAGCCUCAGAAUGCCAGUGAUCGCACCAUUUUUAAUCUGUGUCAUUGUGUUUACACUGUGGUUGUGGUGGAGGCCGAGAAAAAAUGCCCCCCCGUGUUAUCCCGGUGCAUUGCCAUUAAUAGGCCACGGGUACCAACUUUUUGGAAAUCGUAAACAAUUAUGGAUUUACUUAAAGAAAAUAUUUAAUUAUUCUUUGGAGAAGGGUGGGGUUCUUGAAAUCUGGAUUGGAACGCAUUCUGUUUAUGUAUUGACGGACCCAGAUGAAAUCCUAACAGUCUCUAACUCAUGUUUGAAUAAAGCAUACUUUUAUGAGUUUGCAAAGGAAUAUUUGAAAAAUGGGUUGAUUACUUCAGACGCAUCAACAUGGAGGAGCCAUCGAAAAUAUCUAGAUGCGGCCUUCAGUCAGAAAGUUCUGGAAACAUUUAUCGAUGAAAUGAACACACAGACUCGGGGUUUGGUCGCUCAUUUAAAUGCCCAUGUGGAUAAAGAGCCAUUUGAUGUACGACAGUACUUGAUCAAUCAUACGUUGAAGACUGUCAGCCGGACCUCACUAGGACUAGAAGUUAAAGACCAGACAAUGAUAGAUCACGCAUACGCAGAUGCAUUAGAUAAUUUAAUCAAUGUUUACUGUGAGAGGGUUCAGAAAGUUUGGAUGCACCUCUCUUGCAUCUACCAAAGAAGUUCUUUAAGAAAGAGAGAGGACUAUCUGCUAAAGAUCAUGAAUAAUAUUAUAGAUGCCGUUAUUGUAAAACGCAGAUCAGAUUUGAAGAAAAAGGAAUCUGUGGAGUGCGAUACAGUAAAACCAGGUAAAUUCAAACCAGUAUUAGAUCAAAUUCUGCAGUUAGUCGAUGAGCAGCAUGUCUUCAGUGAUGAAGAGAUUAGGGAACACCUGGAUACAAUUGUAGCUGCUGCUUAUGACACGACCUCUGGAACCCUGACUUACAUAUUGUUGGCCAUAGGAUCUCAUCCAGAAGUACAAGAGAAAAUUUUUAAAGAGAUACAAGAAGUUCAACCGAACAAAAACGAAGAUAUCACAAAAUAUGACCUUUUGAAACUGGAGUACGUGGAGGCUGUGAUCAAAGAAGUACUUCGGUUGUACUCGCCAAUGCCAGGAGUCGCAAGGAAAAUUGAUAAAGAUGUUAAACUAAAAAAUUACACAUUGAGAGCGGGCAGCACUUGCAUAUUCAGUCUUUAUGGGGUUGGCCACCAUCCUAUGUGGGGUCCCGACGUGAACGAGUUCAAACCAGAGCGAUGGUUUGAUGUCGCAAACUUUCCUACCAACCCAAAUGCGUUUGGUGGGUUUGGCAUCGGCAGACGAAACUGCAUUGGUAAACAAUUCGCCAUGUCAGUGAUGAAGUUAGCAGUUGUAUACAUAGUGCAAAACUACCAUCUCUAUAGUGAUAUAAGUAAACUAGAGUCUGAAUACGAUGUAGUACUAAAACCUGUAUCAGGACAUUUAAUUAGUCUAAAACAUAGGUCAUAAGGGU